AGUGGCAGCUGUGUGUGUGUGGAGCACACGGUCCCGGGCCGUGCGGAGGAACCUCCUCUCCCCGCAGUCCGCAGCAGUAAAGUGUGUCUUGGCAUCACUUCUUCUUCUCCUUCCUCCUGUGUGUCUGCUCCGGCGUCAUGUGAAGGAGCUUCGCCAGCUCUUCUCUCACCCUCCUCCGCCGAGCACGACGUCCGUCCUCGCCGACGUCGCCGCCCCGGCAGUCACGGUGGGGUACUGUCCCUGUCCCCGCUGUCUCCGGUUUCUCCUGCCCCUCCGGUGUGCGGCAGGGCGGAGGAUGAGCGAGCAGGGUCUGGGCUCGGCAUCCGCCUCUGCCGCGGCCCCGGCGCCGGGCUCGGACACCUACAAAGGUUGGCUUUUUAAAUGGACCAACUACCUGAAAGGCUACCAGCGGCGGUGGUUCGUCCUCAGCAAUGGCCUCCUUUCCUAUUACAGGACACAAGCAGAGAUGGCUCAUACAUGUCGAGGAACAAUAAACCUGGCCACUGCACACAUCGAUACAGAAGAUGCCUGCAAUAUUGUCCUCAGCAGUGGUGGCCGCACUUACCACCUGAAGGCUAGCACGGAAGUGGAGCGGCAGAGAUGGGUCACAGCACUGGAGCUGGCAAAAGCUAAAGCCAUCCGGAUGAUGAAUGAUCAGUCUGAUGACUCUGGGGAUGAGGAGCCUACAUGUCAGUCGGACCGCAGUGAGAUUCAGGGUACCCUGAAGAUACUUGUCAGCAAGCUUGACGAUCUCAGCACAUGUAAUGACCUGAUUGCCAAGCAUGGAGCAGCUCUGCAACGAUCCCUGAGUGAGCUCGAGGGUUUGAAAGUGCCUGUAGAGGGAGGAGAGAAGAUUAAGGCAGUCAAUGAGCGAGCCACACUCUUUCGCAUCACUUCCAAUGCUAUGAUCAAUGCCUGUCGAGACUUCUUGGACCUAGCAGAGACUCACAGCAGGAGAUGGCAGCGUGUGCUGCAGUAUGAGCGAGAGCAGCGCACCCACCUAGAGGAGACUAUUGAACAGUUAGCCAAACAACAUAACAGCCUGGAGCGAGCGUGGAGAGAAGCACCUACGCUUGUUUCCAGCACACCCAGUGCACUCACCACCAACAAGGAAGGUAAUGAGAGGCCAUUGAAAGAAGAGGCAAGUGAUGAAGAUGACGAAUAUUUUGAUGCCAUGGAGGAUUCCCCUACAUUUAUCACAGUGACUGCCACUGAAAACACACAGCACAGACUUUCACAAAGCCACUUGAGUGGAGCGAGUGGCGGACAUCCAAAUGACUGGUUGCAUGAUGACCACGUGACCCUAAACUGUAACAAUGUGCCAGGGAAGGGGCUGCAGCCACGCAGACAAAGGCGGACUCGCAUCCCACACAAGCCCAACUACUCCCUCAAUUUGUGGAGCAUCAUGAAGAACUGCAUCGGCAAGGAACUUUCUAAAAUUCCCAUGCCUGUAAAUUUCAAUGAGCCUUUGUCAAUGCUGCAGCGUCUCACAGAGGACCUGGAGUAUCAUGAGCUUCUAGACAAGGCAGCGCACUGUGACUCCUCUCUGGAGCAAAUGUGCCUGGUCGCUGCCUUCUCCGUCUCUUCCUACUCCACCACUGUUCAUCGGACCGCCAAGCCCUUCAACCCCCUCCUGGGUGAGACCUACGAGCUUGAUCGCCUGGAAGACUUUGGGUAUCGUUCGCUGUGUGAACAGGUGAGCCAUCAUCCCCCUGCAGCUGCACAUCACGUGAUUUCUCAACGAGGCUGGACCCUGUGGCAGGAAAUCACCAUUGCUAGCAAGUUUCGUGGCAAAUACCUCUCCAUAAUGCCUCUGGGUGCCAUUCACCUGCACUUCCACUCCAGUAGGAACCACUACAUUUGGAGAAAAGUCACCUCUACGGUGCACAACAUCAUUGUUGGCAAGCUGUGGAUAGACCAGUCGGGUGACAUUGAGAUUGUGAAUCACAGGACCAAAGAGACCUGCCAGCUCAAGUUUUCUCCCUAUAGUUAUUUCUCCAGGGACUUGCCACGGAAGGUGAUGGGUGUGGUGUCAGACAGUGCAGGCCAGGCCCACUACACACUUUCUGGAACAUGGGAUGAUAAAAUGCAGAGUGCCAAGAUCAUUAAGAGCAGCCGAGGGGCCAGUGGAUCAGAGGGCAGGCAGGACACCUAUCAGACUUUGUCCCCCAGACUGUUGUGGAAGAAGUAUCCUCUCCCGGAGAAUGCAGAGAACAUGUACUGCUUCUCAGCACUGGCACUGACUUUAAAUGAACCAGAGGAUGGAGUCGGAUUGACUGACAGCCGUCUGAGACCAGACCAGAGACUGAUGGAGGAUGGGAGAUGGGAUGAAGCAAACUCAGAAAAACAGAGGCUAGAAGAAAAACAAAGAGCUGUGAGAAGGAGAAGGGAAGCAGAAGCCUCAAAUGCUCUGGCUGAAGGUAGAGAAUACGAAGACUACAAGCCGCUGUGGUUUCACCGGAGGAGGGACCCGGUCACUGGAGAGACAAACUUUGUGUACAAGGGAGGUUACUGGGAGGCUAAAGAGAGACACGACUGGAGCAUGUGUCCUGACAUCUUCUAAGACAGGACCUCUAACCUGCUCUGCCCACAGGGCAGCAGAAAAAAAAGGCACUUGUUCACUCCUGAAAAUAGGGUGCUCCAUAAAUGCUUAGGCACAAUGCACUUUUCUGUGUUCAGAUAUAAAGUGUUUUACUGAUAGGACAGAAACCCAUUUCAAAGCAGCUGUCCUCUUACUACAAGGCCACAGAUUGGUUACGAAGAGAGACAAAAUCAUAAACAGGCCCAGAGCAAGCGGACAGUGUUGAUUAGCUGUCAGUAGUUCAAUGGUUAAAGCCUUCAUCUUCUGUUUUUUUGUUUUUUUUUCAGCACAACUGAGAUAAUAUGAGGCCUAGUGAAUAAAGCUUCAAAUGUU